CUAAACAAAAGCUGUAUGUCUUCUUUCCGUUAGAUGCCCGGUGGUGCGACAGUGAAAGACGUUUGUCCUCACGAAUUCAUCAAGGCUUUGUCGGCCCAUUUGAAGAAGGGUGGAAAGCUGAAGGUUCCUGAAUGGGUGGACUUGGUAAAAACAGCGAAAAGGAAAGAACUUGCCCCAUAUGAUCCUGACUGGUAUUACAUCAGGGCAGCUUCAAUCCUCCGUCAUGUGUACCUGCGCAGUGGUAUCGGUGUUGGUCACCUCACUCGUGUCUAUGGAGGACGUAAGCGACGUGGUGUCAGGCCAAGUCAUUUUGAGCGCGGCUCUUCAUCCAUUGCUCGCAAUAUUUUGAAAGGCUUGGAACAGCUUAAAAUGGUUGAAAAGGACAACACUGGUGGCCGAGCAAUCACAAGUCAAGGUCAGCGGGAUUUGGACCGAAUUGCUUGCCAGGUCUUGUCAAGUUCCUAAACCGAAACCAACAUGUAAAAUUUCAACAAAAAUAAAGAGAUCUGUUUCACAGUGA